AUGGCAAACAAAAUGAACCAUGGCGCAGAGACGACAGUGCUUCGUAAGUUUGGAAUCAACGAAACGUACCAACUGGCCAUGUAUAUACUUGACCAGUACCGUGGCACUACCCUCUCUUGUCGUUAUGUAAUCCCGCCACGACUUAUGCUUGCAGAGUCGCGGACCCAGUUGGAGGAGGCAGUUGAGGUUGCUAUCGUGGACAUAGUCAUGAGACAUCCGAUGCUACAAGUCGGCAUGGUGGAUGCUACUUCCAAGACCCCCUCGUGGAUCCAGCUGCAGAGUCUCGACUUGACCCAGCAUAUAAAAUGGGUUUAUCUCACAGGGAAUGACGACUUUGAACACACGGUGCGGGAGACCUUUAGCACUCAGCUCGAUGAGCGUUUCCCAGACCUUUCUAUAAGGCAGCCGGGCUGGAAGAUGACUGUCAUUCGACAAGGGAAUGCUCCUUUCAUGGAGGUCCUGCUCACUUGGAAUCACACCCAGUUCGAUGCUAUGGGUGCCAAGGUGUUCCACGAAGACUUUCUCGAGAUGCUCAAUGCUGACAAUGGAGCACACGAGCGGACGGGCUUGGAUGGUCAUGUCCUUCGGCUGCCUCAAGCAGCCCCCUUGCUGCCAUCCCCAAUCGAAAGCUUGAAGAGUCUUCCGGUAGAUCUGAAAGUCCUUGCCAAGGCAUUUUGGGAGGAAGCUCGGCCUCAGUUCCUUAACCGGGACGUAUCGUGGGCAGCCUGGUGCCCGAUCCGCCCCUCUCCAUACAAAACCCAGUUCCGGGCCUUUUCCACGGACCAUCAAUCUCUGCUUGCGAUCCAAGCACUCUGCAGGCAGAACCAGACUACUAUCACUGGCUUGAUAAACGGGCUAGCGCUUAUAGCCUUCUCAUCUCAUCUUGACACCGCCGCUGCCCCGGCCUUUCAAAGCUCUACCAUGGUAGACCACCGCCGGAAUCUGCCUCCGGCCCCGCCAGACGCUCCGUGGGUUCGAUUUGACAGAUGGGACACAAAGCUAGUGGCACGGAUCCGUUCCAAGCUGCCGCCGGCCGGUGUCGCCAACAAGGGAGGAGACCUAUCCGCCGACCUUCAGCGUGAGCUCUGGGCCGUAUCGACACAGAACCGACUGGAGAUAGUGAACAAGUUGGAAGCCGGGCUACGAAAUGAUUUGGUCGGGAUGUUUAAGUACGUUACGGACUGGCAGCGGACGAUGAGCGGCAUGGCGAAAAAGACGCGCCAAUUCUCGUGGCUGGUGACUAACAUUGGUGUGUUGGGCGGCAACACGCCACCGUCGCUGCCGACGACCGGGGACCAUACCAACAACGCCCAGAGAUGGUCGAUCAGUCAAGCCCGGUUUGGCCUCAGCGUCGAGGUCCCGUCUGCAGCCAUCGUGUUCUCUCCAGUCAGCGUCGCUGGCCGGGGAUUGUAUGUGGGUGCCAGCUGGGCUGACUGCACUGUUGAUGAGACGAUGGGGGAGCGCGUCAUGGCUGAUCUAGAAAGGUGGCUGGCCCAGCUUGCAAGUGACGGGAAGAUGACGAAACUAGAGAGGAACGGAGCGAAGCAAAGUCUCUAA